CCCGUCGUCUCGUCCUGCUACCACCACAGCCCUCUGCACGUCUCUCUUCCUCGAGACGUCGCUGUCGUCCAUACUUUCGUUUUCCUCCACCUUGCCGCCCUCUCUCACCUGGCCAGGAAAACAACAGGUUCCUCAACGGCUCGAUUGAACGACACGCUUCCUUUCUUGGAAGACUCGAUCGAGCCCUCUCCACCCAUGAAGAGGCGCUCGUCGGGUUCGACCGACGACAGCGACGAACCUCUUGUCGAUCCUCCAGUCGUUCAACAGCCCGCCCAAAGUCGCAAUUCUGCGCCUCUUCCCAAGCAACCCGCUGCCGUUACUGUUGCCGCAGGAGCCGCAUCUAGAUCGUCAUCCGCAAGGAGUAGACGGUCAAACAAUCCCAAUUGGAAGCUCGAACAUGGCCCGAACGCGAAUUCAAUUCUCGACAACCACCCCAUAACUGCCUUGCCAUCGUCACCCCUCUCAGUUCCAUCCCUGGCCGCGCCAUCGCCAGCCUACCGAAACCACACAAACCAGCUGCCGAACCACAAACUCCACCACCAUUCCCAAAGUGUCGCCGACGAACUUCGGCCUACGCCGAACGACGACAAGUAUUUCGAUAGCGAUCACGACGACGUUAAAGGCGACGGGGAAAGCCUCCGCGACGGCAUCGUAGACACUCGGCGAGAAGAUCAAACUACCAUGACCGCAGAGAAGAUGCCCGAUGUGCGCUUCGCCGGUCGCCGCUCUCGAUUCCGAAGCCCUUGGUCCGUUACCAUAUUCACGCUGACUGUCACCGUUCUUGGGAUUACUCUGCUAUGCGCUAUAUUGAACUCGUCAUGGACUCGCCAGCUCGAUGCCAAGGGAUGCCGCAUGUCGUACAUGCGACCUUCCUACAUUCGUCUUCGUGACUUCGAUACCGAACACACCCGGUUUGCGACCAAAUACUCGCUAUACCUGUAUCGUGAGCAGGGUGUUGACGACGAAAGAAAGCUGAGAGGCGUUCCCGUACUCUUCAUCCCAGGUAAUGCCGGAAGUUACAAACAAGUUCGACCCAUAGCCGCUGAAGCUGCAAACUACUACCACGAGUCUCUUCAACACGAUGAAACUGCUGUUGCAGCCGGCGCCAGGAAUCUCGAUUUCUUUACAGUUGACUUCAACGAGGAUAUCACCGCCUUCCACGGACAGACCAUGUUGGAUCAGGCCGAGUACUUGAACGAAGCCAUCAGGUACAUCUUGUCGCUCUACAUGGACCCGCGCAUGUCAGCUCGAGACCAGGACUUGCCAGAUCCAACCUCUGUCUUGGUACUCGGUCAUUCGAUGGGUGGUAUCGUCGCGCGCACCAUGCUCAUCAUGCCGAACUACCAGUCCAACUCGAUCAACACCAUUAUAACCAUGUCUGCGCCACACUCGCGUCCCCCUGUUACCUUCGACGGACAGAUUGUCAAGAUAUACGAUGAUAUCAAUGACUACUGGCGUCACGCCUACUCACAGAAAUGGGCCAACAACAAUCCGUUGUGGCAUGUUACUCUUGUCUCAAUCGCUGGAGGUGGCUUAGACACGGUCGUUCCGUCCGACUACGCAAGCAUCGAGCCGAUAAUCCCCGAGACGCACGGCUUCACUGUCUUCACCACCGGAAUUCCAGGUGUUUGGACUAGUAUGGAUCACCAGGCCAUUCUAUGGUGCGACCAAUUUCGGAAAGUUGUUGCUCGCGCCAUGUACGACGUAGUCGAUGUCCACAGAUCUUCGCAGACUAAGCCCAGGGCUGAGAGAAUGCGGGUUUUCAAGAAGUACUUCCUUACUGGCAUGGAGUCGAUCGCUGAGCAGACCAUGGCAUUUGAGGGGCCAAGCACACUUCUGACACUCGAGGACAACUCAAACGCCAUCAAGGCACAAGGCGAACGCCUCGUCUUGCGACAGCUCGGCCACGACUCGAAAAUCACAGCUCACCUGCUUCCAGUACCUCCCCAAGGAUCCCCAGAAGGAAAGCGCUUCACCCUACUGACCGACAGCGCAUUGGACAAGCCAGGAGAACAUGGAAAGCUCGAGGUCCUGCUUUGCAGCGUUUUCCCUUUGCAGCCUGGACAGUCGACAACGUUGUUCUCAACACACAUGGACCUCUCAGGCGAUAGCACUGGGUCUACAAGAUUGGCCUGCAAGAAUGCUGCGACCGACGCCAUUCUGCUCCCCCCUUCGACGAGAAUGCUUCAUCAGCCCUUUGCCUCGGAGAAUGAGCCAGUGACAAGACCAUUCUCCUAUCUUCAGUUUGAUAUCGAGGACAUUGCAGACCACCAAUUCAUAGCCGUCAUAGACAAGGCGGCGAAGCCAACUCCAAACUUUGUUGUGGCCGAAUUCAGCGAUCAUUCGCAGUCACAUAGAAGGCGUAGUAUCAGCCUGCGUCGAAUUCUCGCGUUUGGAAUGACGUUGCGACUACCUGCGAACCGUCCCUUGGUUGCCGAAAUCAGCAUUCCUACCAUUCAAUCGAGUCUACUGGCAUACAACCUGGAGAUUGGCAAUCAGGCUUGCGGUUCAUCCUCCGGACUGUUCUCACCUCUCAUACGGCAACAUCUGGCUCAGCCAUACGAGUCCAAGUUUUUCGUAAACGCUAGGCAUGCUAGCAUCAGUUUGCAUGGCGUGGCCCCAUUCGUUCCGCCCCCUCUUAGGCACAAGCUUCAACACGAGCAGGGACUCAGCCUCCAGUUUUGGACCGAUCCAACCUGCGAAUCCGCAAUCCAAGUUACGCUGACAGUCGAUCCGUUGGGGAGCUUGGGAAAGCUGUACAUGCGUUAUCGAACUGUAUUUGCGGCCUUCCCAUUGCUUGUGGUGGCUCUCGUGCUUCGCAAGCAGUUCCGGAUCUACGACACGACUGGAGCCUUCAUAUCUUUCUCGGAAAGCUUGGAUCUUUGCUUACGGCAAUCACUGCCGCUGAUGUUCCUUUCCUUGACAUUCCUCUCCUUGUCAAUGACUGGAUCGUGGUCAUCCGGCCCUGGCGUAUUCUGGCACUGGCGCAACACGACUUCAGCGGAAGCCGACUUUCACAGCAACGAUCUUCUGACAGGCACCCAGGAUCCCUUCUUCUGGUUUCUGAUCCCCCUAAUCGGAGUCGUCUGUGUAGGGGUGUGCGCCUGUCUUCACUUUGUCACCCUGGCAUUGACUCAGAUUCUCGGCAUUCUCUACGCUUGGAUAGCUCUGCGACCAUUCGCAGCCGGGCGUGAUGAGCGCCGAAGGCCGCAGUUACCUAUCUUCGUUGCAUCCUCUCCUCGACGUCGUAUGAUAACAACCGCCGUCCUGCUAUUCCUGGUAUCCACAUUUAUACCCUAUCAAUUUGCGUACUUGGUAGCAUGUCUCGUUCAGCUAUUCACCGUCGUCCGUGCUCAUCGGAUUGCCUCAGAAGUCAAAUCUGGACUUACCCAAGAUUUUUACCACUACGCCCACUCGAUUCUGCUUCUCAUGCUCUGGGUCCUUCCUAUCAAUCUACCCAUUCUGGCAGUGUGGAUUCGCAACCUUGCCGUCCACUGGCUCACGCCCUUCUCUUCGCACCAUAACGUGCUAUCGAUUAUGCCGUUCAUAUUAUUGGUGGAGAACUUGACCACCGGCAGGAUGGUUCCUAGAGUCACGGGCAGGAUGAGAUAUCUCACAAGCGUAUUACUCUUUGGCACAGCUAUCUACGCUGCUAUUUAUGGUGUUUCCUACGCCUACAUGCUGCACUAUCUCGUCAAUUUGAUAGCUGCCUGGCUGGUUGUUAUUCACUCGACUACAGACAACUGGCCCCUCGCUGGGUUUAGUUCAAUAUUUGACGGCCAUCAAGAAGACCGUAAACGUGGCAAAACUCCAUGAGGACGAGAUAGGCACUCGAUUUUCUUCACUUGGUGGGAUAUCAUUGUUCGUGUUGGGUCUGUUCAAGAACUCGGUCGGCGAGAACAGUAAUACCCAUUCGCUCUAAUCGCUCCGCGCUGUACAUACUACAGUUUAAGUUGGGUCGUCGGCGAACGACAUUCAACUCACAGGGAGUCUUCUCUUUUCUUCAUAAUAGAUGGUCUCGGAUUUUCCCAUCUAGAGCUCGACAGACGCUAUCUCGGUAGUAGGCUGAUACCAGUCUUUAGUGACAAUGGUGUCGCUACAAUAUCCCGUGUUUUCAUCACUGUUUGUCCAUCUGCAUCUUGCAUCGGCUGGGAGUUUAGUACGAUUCACACUUUUUUUUUGGUUAGAGGAGUUGGGAUGAACAUAUAUUAUUCCAGAGGACCGGGCUAUGAUGUGUCAGGAAGUAUCCUUGGCUUUUUCCCCUCUACCUACUCUCCGCCCGGGCACCAUUGCAUUGCAAGUAGCGCCCGCCGGAAGGGUGAUUCGAUGAGGUGGGACAACAAUUCCUUAAAUAGGGGACGAGGUGGAGGUCCGCUUCAGACGAUAUUGUGUAAUGUCGCGACGCGGUGUUGUUCUAGUUUGACGUUGGGACACCGUGUCUCGUUUUUAAUACGUUGACGGAUGAAGAUCUCUUUGGGUUUACCCGUGUAGAGAUGUAGUGCCCAGUAAAGGACACCCUCACUAGUCAGAAAGGAGGAGUGCAGAUGAGGCGCUCAACGCGAAAGACGACCGUGGUAUAGCACCCACC